UAAAUGUCCCGGACAGUUUGAAAAUGAUUAUCAACUGAAUUUAUAAAAUUGGAAGGGCUUCAAAACGGUAAAACCUACUGAAAGAUGAGAUUUUUUUCAGUUGGAUAAAAGUAUACUCCAUUAGAAAUUAGUGGGAACCAUGGGGCAAAAUCUCGGAACCUUCUUUACCCCCGCAUUUGCUGUUAUUAUAUUAUGGAAAAAGAUCUAGCCUUUUGUCUUUUGGGUGGGGUGAGAAUGCCAUGCCCUCCAACACCUUCGCCGAACCCAGAUUUUUCAAAAAGAAAGUGACGCCAAGCGAAACCCCAGCGAAGGAGAGGGAAAGGAACGCCGAAAGAGGGAGCGGAGCAGUGGGAUGAGGACCACAAUACCGCUACAGCGGCCAAGCGGCGGCGGAGAAGCAGACGGUGACGGAGAUUCCGAGGCCGGCGUCCCCUGUUUCUGCUGGUGGAGGUCGCUGCCGGAAUACGAAGGUGGCGGCGGCUUAGAGACGCCCAAGGCUUCGUCAGCGAGAAAUGCGACGGCGAGGAUGAGAGUUGUGAGGGAGAUGGAGAGACUGGCUGCGGCGGCGUCGGAAUCGAUCGACGAGCUCCGGCAUCGGCUGCUCACUUACAAAGCAGGGGAUCUCUGGUUUCCUGCAGGAGGGAUUGCGAAGCAGGACACGGACAUACCGCCAGUUAUCACGUUGUUAUUGCUUGGCUUCGCCGGAGUUGGGAAAAGCUCGCUAGUUAAUCUCAUGUAUUCGGUUCUUGGGAGGUCCGGCUUCGUUCCAUUCGCUCACACCUCGUCCCCUGCCGGCAAGGAAGGGCGGACGCUGAAUUUGGAGGAGCACAACGUUCUCCGCUCGAUGAAGUACGGAUUCUGCGUUUUCGACUCUCCCGGCCUAGACUACGAGCGUAUGUCCGAGAGCUUUGAUGAAGUAUCCCAUUGGGUAGAGGAUGGUGUUCGCCAUCGUCAGCUCUGCCAUGUCUCCUCUUCCUCCUCCUCAUCUUUCGCAUCCUUCCCUUCUACGUCUACCUCUACCUCCUCGGCAGCGGCCGGCAACCGAUUCAUGCGCCGCCGCGUAAACUGUGCAGUGGUCGUCGCAAACCUCUCUGAGAUCCACCGCUCCCUCAUCUCCGGCCAUCUUCAAUGUCUCGACGCCACCCGGCAGCUUUUCCAUCAUCCAUCUAUAAGAGAGAGUUGCAAUGACGCACCCAUCCUCAUCCUAACCCACGGCGACGAGCUGACGGAAGACGAAAGGAUCGACACAAGGGUGGCGCUGUGCGAGUAUUUGGGGGCGGCGGAGACUGCUGGCGUGUACGACGUUCCCUGCCUCAACGACCACGGCGUCCACAUCGAUGAGUUCGACCCGGUCACGGCUUACGCCAUUGCAGAGGCGGUCUACCGUGCGCUCGUGGUGGCGGACCGGUGCCACCCGCCCAAACCGGGUUUUAGGGACUGGUUACUGGUGGCGCUGUCAUGGGCAAUGUGCGCUCUCUCGGCCUUCUUCGCUUUCCUUAGCUGCUGCUGCUCUAAGCUUGCAAAGUUAAAUAGAGACUACCAGAAAAUGAGAUGAAAGGGAUGCCAUAAGUUGUAAAUAGCUAGAGCUGACUAAGAUUAAUGGUUUUGAGGGGGUUUUUUUUUUUAUUGGUAGGUUUAGAAGUUUUUAAC